AUGAACGCUGCGGCUGAGGCCGUUAUGAAAGAUUUGCCGGACCUCGUGUUGGCUUACGGUCAGAGCGACGAAUUCAGUUUCGUCUUUCACAAGGACUGCAUGCUAUUUGAGCGCCGGGCUAGCAAGCUCGUGACAACGAUUGUAUCGACAUUCACAGCCAGCUACGUGCUUGGGUGGGCUAGGUCCUUCCCGGACGCACCUCUGACGGCCCCUUUACCCUCAUUCGACGGGCGAGCAGUGUGCUACCCCAGCAACACUAAUUUAAGAGACUACCUAAGCUGGCGGCAAGCUGACUGUCACAUAAAUAAUCUCUACAACACUACAUUCUGGGCUCUCGUCCAACAAGGCGGUCUCGACAAUCGGGUUGCAGAGAAAGAACUCAAGGGCACUGUCUCGGGUGAUAAGAACGAGAUCCUGUUCAAGAGGUUCGGCAUCAAUUAUAACAACGAACCGGAAAUCUUCAAGAAGGGUAGCGUGCUCUACCGAGAUGUAACUUUCCCAUAG